AUGAAUCCAUACAAAGACCUCAGAAUUGCAAUUGAGGCUGGCGACACUCAAAAAGCCGAAGGCCUGCUUGACAGUGGUCUUGCAGUGUCGGUAUACCACUUCGUGACUGCGACACAAAACAAGCAUUAUGGCAUGCUUGAGAUGCUCCUGUCCAAGGGAUAUGACAUUAACUCUCCUAUUAACGACAAACUGCCAUCCGCACUAGUGCAUACCUUUGAAGAUGUGGAGCUUGUUGAGUGGUUCCUCCGCCAUGGCGCGGAUCCUAAUAAACAGUCCCGCCUACGAAACUCUACGCCGCUUUCCUUCGCUGUUGAAGGUGGAUUGUUUGAUAUCAUCAAGUUGCUUUUUGAAAAUGGGGGCGAAGUCCAGCGCGGGCAGCUUCUACAUUACGCCGCAAUGCGGACUAAAGACGACAACCACGAGGUCCUCCAGUUUGUCUAUAACAAAGAUCCUACCUACAAUAGGUCCUGCAUCAACAAGAUGCUCGAUGAAGGAACCCCGGAAUAUCUUAUGAACGAAAGAACCGGGCUUGGGACUCCACUUCACUAUGCCGCUGGCUCAGGCUCAGUGGGAAUGGUGCAGUUUUUGCUAGACAGAGGGGCAGUCCGUAAUCCCAGAGAUCCGUAUGGCCGCACGCCACUUGGUUAUGCUAUCCAUAACGGCCAUUAUCACAAAAUUGGACCAAUUCUGAAUGGCGGCGCGGAAUCGGCUACCGACUUGGAAUGGGACUGA